AUGCAGAGGGUGUACGUCCGCCUAGAUGCAGAGAACUUGUACCGCCAACACAGUUCCCCUGCGGCACAUAUGAGUUGGGCCGGGGCUGACUGGACCACCCAGGCAGUUAAGCACGCUCAGCUAGACACUGCCCACAUAUAUGGACAAGCAAUGACAGAGCGGCAUGGACUAAGAUACAGUAGAAUAUUAUAGAAUAGAAUACAGUAUAGACAUAUGAGAUGAGUAGUGCAAGAUGUGUAAACAUUAUUAAAGUGACUAGUGUUCCAUUUCUUAAAGUGGCCAGUGAUUUCAAAUAGGAAGCAGCAGCCUCUAAUGUGCUAGUGAUGGCUAUUUAACAGUCUGAUGGCCUUGAGAUAGAAGCUGUUUUUCAUUCUCUCGGUCCCAGCUUUGAUGCACCUGUACUGACCUCGUCUUCUGGAUGCCACAGGCAGUGGCUCGGGUGGUUGAUGUCCUAGAUUAUCUUUUUGGCCUUCCUGUGACAUCGGGUGCUGUAGGUGUCCUGGAGGGCGGGUAGUUUGCCCCCGGUAAUGCAUUCGGCAGACAGCACCACCCUCUGGAGAGCCCUGCGGUUGCGGGCGGUGCAAUUGCCGUUCCAGGCGGUGAUGUUGGCCCAACUCCAAAAGUUCACAGUCACCCAGUCAGAACUAGCAGAGCCCAGGCGAGAAAAAAAUUCCUUGGGGCGCUACUCUCAAUAGGUGCAGCCGUAGGGUCACUAUUUGCUCUAGGUACCACUGCUGUCAACGCAAUCAGUCUAGCCACGGUCAAAAUAAAUGUUAGGGAGAUUACUGAAGAGAUGCUACUUAUCACAGGCACUCAGGUUGCAGCAUGUAGGAAGGUCUCUCCAGGACACUAUUCUGGUGGUAAACACACACGCUACUCUCCGAACAAAACCCUCCUGUUGGUAGGCAAGCUAGUAGAGGUCAUGAACCAUGACUAUGCCCAUGUCCAAUAUGUUCGAUUGUUGUUGGAGGGUUUUCUCCAUGAAGUUAGCUCUUCUAUGGACCAGUUGGCCGUGAAUAGAAUCCCCUCAUAUCUAGUGCCCCUCUCAAUGGUGCACAACAUAUUGACCUCAGCUACCACAACCAUGAUAAAGCCAUUACAGUCACACCUGGUCUAUAGUCUGGGGUCUGCAAUUCCAAUACACGUUGAUGUUAAUCAAAAUGAAGUGGGAUUUUUACUGACGCUGCCAGUUAUUGAACUGGAGAAUAUCUAUAGAUUGAAAACAGUUCUAAAGGUCGGAUUUUGGCGCGACAACAUCCAUGUGAAAAUCAUCACACCUCCAGUCAUAGCUUAUCAGGAACACAUUCCAGAUUUCUAUCUCACCCCUAACCUGUUAAUAUGUACUCUAACCAAAGAAGUCCACUACUUGUGUUCUAGCAAACCCUUCGUCAGGGAUAACACUGAGCGCCUUUGUGGCCUUAAGCCUAUCACCAGCGAAGAACGCUGUAGAGCCAAACUUGUAGCAAGAGGUGGAGUCACCACGACGCAAGUGGAAGUGGUAGGGAAUCAAUGGCUGAUUAACACCCCAUUCACGUCUGCCACUAUGACUUACGAAUGCCAUGACUUAUGGAUAAUCAGAGGGGGUGAUUAUCCAUAUAGACGACCUAGCCCUAUACCAACUUCCUGACGACAGGAUAGACACAGAUAUUGAAAUGCCUGACGCUUUUGCUAAACAUUCCCUUGAGUUACCACCAGCUAUUCAAAACCAAAUUCAGUACGAGGGACCGAUGACUGUUGAUUUUAGCGUACUGAAUGAGGCACUUUUAGUUGACCCGAUUGGCUAUAAGCCAAAAGAUUGUUCC